UUCCAGGAUGGAAAUGGAGGUCACUAAUGGCUAUACUCUCGACGACACUGUAGAUUCCCAAGCAUCCCAAGCUUCGACCACUUCUGGAUCCUCACUCGCCAUACAGUUUUCAGUAGAUGAAUUACAAGAAAAUAGCGCUGAGUUGCCUGCACCCUCAUCAUCGGAGACGAUCAGAAACGAGGGGAAAACGAGAAGGUUGAACAGGCGUUUGGCUCUGGCUAAUUUGCAACUUCCGAAGUUGACCAUCAAGGAGGAUAGCGUAAUUGAUCUAUGCACAGAAGAGGACAGAGCCGAGGACCUUGCUUGGUUCAAGAAGAAGUUUCCCAAUUUAAAAGCAGAUGAAGCAAAUGCGAAGCAUAACGGGCUGACCAGUCCUCCUAAGAAUCCAAAGAACCAACAGUUUCCCCAUAGCGUCGCCACUCAGCGUGCUGUAAAACAAGAUCUUGAAAGGAAACUAGCGAAACGGAGAAAGGCAGAGAUGGCAAAACGAAGAGAACAAUACAUGGAAGAUAAUGAGGGCUUGUUAGAGGACGAGGAAGAAGAAGUCGACACAAAAGAUUCUAUAAAACCGAAAAAGCGGGUAAAGAAACCAGUUGGUAGCGACGAUGAUAGUGAGAAUGAUGAGGACUAUAACGGUGAUGAUGAAGAGGAAGAAGAAAUUGAUGAGAGUGGGUCAGAUUCUGACGCCUCUUCUGGCGAAAAUGAUGGAAAUGGCAUGGAGGAGAGCGCAGACGAGCUGGACGACUCGAAAGUAAGCAAGGCUAACGACGACUUACCGGAAUCUGUUGACUUAUUUGAUGGCGCAUCUACUGCUGGUAGUGCUAAUAAAGAUAGCGACCAUCAUAAAGAUGACUCUCCCUGUUGGACUGGUAAAAAUGAGGAUGGGUUCAAAAAGCCUGCUGUUUGCCCCACGCAGGAGAAGGAGACGAGUGGGAGAAAGCUACAUCCUGUCGAGAGCCUCAGUUUGAUGUUGAAUGAAAGCUUCGACACAGAAACACCCCCGAUUUCACAGCCCACUUUCCCUAAUUCACUUUCUCAAUGGUUUGGAGACAAGCCGUCAGACGAAGGUAGCGGUCAAGAGACCGAGGAAGUGUUGGCUAGCGAGCAGAAGCCUGAGUUCGUCAAUAUUGGGAGCUUCAGUGACAUGGACCCUUUCAAGGACACUGGCGUAGAUGACAUGCUAAUGUUGUGCUCUGGUCGGUUCGAUACUCAGAAUCUCACUCGUGAAAACACUGAAGCUGUAGGAGAUGAUUCGAAAUCAAAAGCAUCCGAUGAUGAAGACGAAAUACACAAGAGCACUAACCAGCUACAGAAACGGAAGCGAAAACUUGUCACAUCUGAUGACGAGGAUGAAUCCGAUAAGGCGGCUGCUGGAAUGGAGGAUGAAGUGAAAGAAAAGGGGGAUGUUGAAGCAGUAACGGAAGAACGAAAGUCGACAGAAGAGGAAACAGAGAGCCUUACCCAUCUACGGCGAGCCAUUGUCGACUCUGAUAGUGAUGAGAACGCAGAAGAGCAGGAAGAAGUGGAUCAGGAGAGGAACACUGCAGAAAACGAAACAUUCUUGGAGGAGGAGCCAGAUGUAGAUGAAGAGGAAGAAAUGGAAGAGAAUGAAGAAGAGGAAGGCCAAGAGAUGGAAACUGAAAAGAAAACCAAAGACUACAUUGAAGAAGAAGCCGAGGAUUCCGACGAUGAAUUGGCCGUGAUCAGAAGACUAGAAAGAAAGGAGUUCGAAAGAAAAGCAAAUCGCGAGAACUGGUUCGAUGACGAAGCUUCUCUGUCCGGUGACGAUGUAGGAAGUGAUGUUGAUGAAGACGGUGAUGUUGCCAAUGAGUAUGAAGCUGAAGAAGGAGAUGCGGACAACCUACCCGACACGGAAGCUAUCAGAAGGCAAAAUCAUAGGUUGCUGCUGAAGCAAGAGCAGGAGAGGGAGCAUAAGGCAUUGGUGAAACUUCAAGACAGACUGUUGGCUGAUGGGGAUCUUGGUGGAACAGAGACAAACCGGACUUUCCGCUUGAAACUCCGUGAAGAGAUAACUAUAGCAGAAGGUGAAGAAGGCGAGGCCGAGGCGGUCGAAGAAGGAGAGGCUUCAUCAUCGCAAGCGCAUGCACAACGAGUCAGCGCCAUAAAAUGGCUUAUUGAACAUAAAGAAGAGUACGAAAAAUUGGAAGACAAAGAUGAAGAUGACAUUUUUGAUGUCGCUACGCGAUCAGUCAAGAUCAGCGAAGUAACAGUGAACGUCGUUUCCAAAGCUCCGCGAACACUCCUAGGACAAAGCGGUCUCGAAAAUGCUAUCAAAGAAAUGGCAGGUACCACAACUGCCAAACAGCUGUAUAUGAAUAACGCAAAUGCGGCACUAAAACGACCUCCAUCACCAUCUUCAGCUUUCACUGUAGCCAAGAAAAUGCGAAGUAGUGUUAGUGUACUAAGUGUAUUAGAACAACACCAUAGGAGUUGGGACAUGCUUCGGUUAGCGCUCAGAUGUGCCGCGCAAGUUCCUAGCACAUGCGGCCAAGGGGCCACACGAGUUUAUGCUACUGUUGGCAGUAAAGUUGUUCCUACCAAAAUCGACAAAAGCGCCAUAGAAGAAGAUGCUGAGAAGCUUGCAAAAUACGUCUGCAUUAAUUAUCUUAUCCAAGGCGAAGAACCAGGCCCGAAGAUCCUCCCGGACUCAGAGUACCCUUCUUGGCUGUUUGAACUAGAUCUACGACCUCCACGUCCUCUCGAAGAUCUAGAUCCUGAGAAGGAUGGGUGGUUGUAUUGGCGAGCGCUAAGGAUUAGGCAGAUCAAACAAAACCGGAGGAUAGAAGAAUUGAAGACUAGGUUUUUGCACUUGCAAAAUAGCCCAAGUAUGAGGAAGUAUAGGAGAUGGUAGAUCUAUUCAAACAUUAUAUCUUGA